GACGAUUCAAACUGAUAGACACGAGUCAUAACUUCCCACAAGAGGCUCUACAUGAGGUCCUCCUAUAAAUAGGCUACUCAAAUAUUACAUUGAAAGCUGCUGAUUUUACCAAGUUCAAAAUAUUCUCAAGAUCUGUCAUGGGGGAGUGCAAAAUGUUUGUUUUACUCACUCUACUGACACUCAGCUGGGGCUGGUGGGUGUCCCCUCACCCAAAACCAAAGUGUGAUCGAUGCAAUGAAAACUUUGUUUGUGACUGCUCCUCUUCAAAUCUACAAGAAGUUCCUGCUAUCUCCACACGAUCAGUCAUAAGCCUGGACCUCUCCUUUAAUGAAAUCAAGACUAUAGAGCAGGAUGACUUCUCUGAGUACAAUAAUCUGCAGGUCCUGAUUCUGAGGGGAAAUAUGAUAUCCUCAAUUACAGAGCAAGGUUUCUCAACUCUCAGAAAGUUGGAGGUUUUGGACUUGUCAGAUAAUCAUUUAAAUGAUUUGUCUGACAUUUGGUUCAAGAGUCUCUCCUCCCUUCACCAUCUAAAUCUUUUGGGAAAUGAGUAUGAAACCGUUGGGGGGAAGCCUCUGUUUCGCUCAAUGACACAGCUUAGUACUCUAAUGGUUGGGAAUCAGUUUCUUGCCUCAGUCUCUGAAAAUAGCUUCAUCGGACUCUAUCAUCUUCAGAGCUUUGUGUUUCAUGGCAGCAAUUUGCGGAGCUACCAACCAGGUAGCUUCAGCCAAAUCAACUCCAUUGAUGAAGUCACUGUUAGCAUUGCUGGUCCAUUUCAGACAAACACAAGUCUUACAACAGACAUCUUGAGAGAUCUUUCACGCCCUGAGACAAGAAUCAUCGUGUCAGAUUUGAAAAUCAGCAGACAGGAACUGACGCCUUUUCAAGUGAUCUUUCAGAAAGGUGUCAAAAACAUCCUCCUGAGAAAUCUAAGCUGCAGUUUUGAUACCGUACUUACCCUGUAUGGUUUGACCCAGCACUCACUGCUGACCUCUAUUGGACUGGAGGAUUGUGAGUUCUAUGGAGAGCCAAAUAUUACAAUUCACUUCCCUGUACUUGACUUUGUUGAUGAGUUUUACGUCAGAAAUGUGAAACUGGAUCAGUUCUAUAUGUUCCCUGCAUUCCAUGAGAUAAACCCACUUCUAAAAGUCCUCAUGCGCCUGAAAAGAGUGUCUUUAAUUGAAAGCAAUGUCUUUGCAAUGCCUCAUGUAACAACACUUCUCCUGACACAUCUUGAAUACAUGGAUUUGAGCAAAAAUCAAUUCACCGAUUUAACCUUGAGAGAAGCUCUCUGUGAUGGACAGAUAUUUUUGUGUUUACACUCUAUUAAGGUUUUCAAUAUUAGCAGUAAUUACUUGAAGUCCUUUGACACCCUGAGCCACCUCUUCAAGGGAAUGGAGAAGCUGGCUGCCCUUGAUGUGAGCCUGAAUGUUUUCCGCACUAUGCCCAAGGUCUGUGCCUGGCCCCAGUCUCUGCGCUUCCUGAAUCUCUCCUCGUGCCAGUUAAGAGAAGUGACUUCCUGUCUCCCUAAAAGUCUACACAUCCUGGAUUUGAGCUACAAUGACCUAAUGGUAUUUGAACAAAACAUAACAGACCUCACUGAGCUCCAUCUAUCUGGAAACAGAUUCAAGACCUUACCUGAGGGGAAACACUUUGACCACUUGGAGGUGCUCUACAUCAAGAGCAACCCUUUCAUAUUCCUCAGUCAAAACCAGAUCAGGAACUUUGGUGACCUCAAGAUCUUGGAGGCUGGUACAGACACGUAUGUGUGCUCUUGUGAAUUUGUGAACUUCUUCAAAUAUGAACUUGGUCAUUUAGUCAGUUUAAAGGACAGUAGGCAGACAUACAUCUGCAGUUCACCAUUUGCACUGAGGGGGACAAAAGUUAGCGAUGCCCAACUCUCUGUUUUCGAGUGCCACGCAGCGGUGUCCUUCUCUGCCCUGUGUGUGUUUGUGCUUGUGGUCGUCAUUGGUGCCAUGGUGAUGUGUCACAAGCUGCACGUGGUUUGGUACCUGCGAAUGACAUGGGCAUGGCUGCAGGCCAAACGGAGACCUGUGGCCCGUGAGGAUCAGGUGUGCUAUGACGCCUUCGUGUCCUACAGUGAGAAUGAUGCGGAGUGGGUGGAGGAGCUGCUGGUGCCGGAGCUGGAGGGUGCCCAGCCGCCAUUCCGCCUCUGCCUGCACAAACGGGACUUCCUACCAGGGGGCUGGAUUGCGGACAGUAUCAUGGCGGCCAUGGAGAAGAGCCACAGGAUUCUUUUCAUAGUGACCCAGCACUUUGUCCAGAGCGACUGGUGCCGCUUAGAGUUGGAGUACUCACACUUCCGCCUGUUUGAUGCAGGUAUACUCAUCCUCCUGGAGCCUAUCCCUGACUCCACAAUUCCCACACGGUUCUGCAAGCUGCGCAAGGUCAUGAACUCAAGGACCUAUCUGGAAUGGCCAGAGGAAGACAAUGAAAGACCCAGAUUCUGGCAGUCUCUUAAAGACACUUUACAAAUGGCUUAAUAAUGUCUGGUACGGUCAGCUCAGCACGAAGGGACAUAGUUUGCUAAGACUCCCCAGACUCAUGUUCAAUCUUAAAAGAUUGAUCUUAGAAUGGUGAUAGCCAGAUAGAGCUUUCAGUAUUGCUGUUUAAUAAACAUGAUUUCACAUUAUACUUUACAUUCAAGAAUUAAAUGACUUUAGUGUGAUGGACAUUUAUGUCCAUAUUUAGUCAACAUAUUGUUAAGCAUGUAUUAAUGUCACACUGAAUAUGAU